UCCACCAACUGUUGAAAGAAAUCCCUGGAGACUCAAGGGACUGAAUCAUCAAAGUUAAGUCUCUCUGAGAUUUAUUGCUAAGAAUGGCUUUAGAUCUAAGAACCAUAUUUCAGCGUGAACCAUCCGAGAAUAAUCUUGGAUCAGAAAAUUCAGAGUUUCCACAAAGUCAAGGACCUGCUAGAGAAGAAGGGAUUUCUGAAUUCUCAAGAACGAUGCUCAAUUCAUUUCAAGACAGCAAUAAUUCAUAUGCAAGGCAGGAAUUGCAAAGACUUUAUAGGAUCUUUCACUCAUGGCUGCAACCAGAAAAGCACAGCAAAGAUGAAAUUAUUUCUCUACUAGUCCUGGAGCAGUUUAUGAUUGGUGGCCACUGCAAUGACAAAGCCAGUGUGAAAGAGAAAUGGAAAUCAAGUGGCAAAAACCUGGAGAGAUUCAUGGAAGGCCUGACUGAUGACAUCAUAAAUCCACCUGCCUUAGUCCAUGUCCACAUGCAGGGACAGGAAGCUCUCUUUUCUGACAAUAUGCCCUUAAAAGAUGUCAUUGUUCAUCUCACAAAACAAGUGUCUGCCAAAACCCCAAGAGAAGCAAACAUGGGGACACCCUUCCAGACUUCCCAAGGUACUUCCUUAGAAACAGGACAAGGACAUGGAGAUGAACAAGAUGGCUGCAACAGUUCUUUGAAAACUACUCAAGUAAAUGAAAGUAAUAUUAAUGAAGACAAUCAAAUAGUUUCUCUAAUCAUCAUCCAGGAAGAGAAUGGCCCUAGGCGUGAAGAGGCAGAUGUUUCUUCUGACGACCCAUACAACUCAAGAAGAACAGAGCUAGUCACUGCUGGAUCCCAGGAAGGGUCCAUAAAUGGAAUUAUUUUUCAAGGUGUCCCUAUGGAGAUGGGAGCAGGGUUUCUCUCUCAGCCAGAGCAGUCAUCCCCUGAGUCUGCCCCUACCCACCAGAGCAAUGAGGGGAACUCCACAUGUGAGGUACAUCAGAAAGGAUCCCAUGGAGUCCGAAAAUCAUACAAAUGUGAAGAAUGCCCCAAGGUCUUUAAGUAUCUCUGUCACUUAUUAGCUCACCAGAGAAGACACAGGAAUGAGAGGCCAUUUGUUUGUCCCGAGUGUCAAAAAGGCUUCUUCCAGAUAUCAGACCUACGUGUGCAUCAGAUAAUUCACACAGGAGAGAAACCUUUUACAUGCAGCAUGUGUGAAAAGUCCUUCAGCCACAAAACCAACCUGCGGUCUCAUGAGAGAAUCCACACAGGAGAAAAGCCUUAUACAUGUCCCUAUUGUAAGACAAGCUACCGCCAGUCAUCCACAUACCACCGCCAUAUGAGGACUCACGAGAAAAUUACCCUGCCAACUGUUCCCUCCACACCAGAAGCUUCCUAAGCUGCUGCUCUGAUAAUGUAUAUAAA